AUGCAGAGCUUCAGGGUCCUGUGCCGUUCUUCGAGCAAGUCUCGACUUCUUUUAUUGGAUAGAACACUGUGCUCGCUUAACAAUGAGGACCAUAUUAUAUCUUCUUCUUCUCUCAUUUUUUGUGCCUUGAAGGUGCUUGUUGAAAGGCAAGCUUGUUCGAGAACUGUGAUUCUCAACAGACCCCUUGCUCUAAAUGCUCUCACAACUUCAAUGGGGAUUCGACUACAUAAAUUAUAUGAAUCUUGGGAGAAAGAUCCAGAUGUCGGUUUCGUUGUGUUGAAGGGAAAUGGCAGAGCAUUUUGUGCAGGUGGUGAUGUUGUUAGUCUCUAUCGGUUAAUCAAAGAAGGAAGAAUUGAAGAAUGUAAAGAAUGUUUCAGAACAUUUUACAGCUUCAUGUACCUGCUUGGCACAUAUUUGAAACCACAUGUUGCUAUAUUGGAUGGCAUCACAAUGGGUGGAGGUGCUGGAAUAUCAGUUCAUGGGUCAUACCGAAUCGCGACUGAUAGAACUGUUUUUUCAACUCCUGAAGUUCUCAUCGGUUUACAUCCUGAUGCGGGGGCUUCCUAUUAUCUUUCUCGUCUGCCCGGCUACAUAGGGGAAUACCUAGCUCUAACAGGAGAUAGAAUUGGUGGAGAGGAAAUGCUUGCUUGGGGACUUGCAACUCACUAUGCAUCCAGUGCAAGUGUUCCAUUGAUUGAAGAAGGUCUAUCAAACUUGAUGACAAACGACUUUUCUGUCAUGGAAACAUUUCUAGCAAGAUAUGGUGGCCGGCACGGCAUUCCGCAGGGCAAAAGUGUUCUUCGGAGGAUGGAGAUGAUAAACAAAUGCUUUAGUCAUGGCACAAUUGAAGAAAUUAUCAGUGCUUUGGAAACUGAAGAAGCAAGAUCAAAAGACAAGUGGUGUUUUUCAACACUCAAGAAACUAAGAGGAGCUCCACCUUUAAGCUUGAAGGUUUCCCUAAGAUCUAUUCGAGAGGGUAGAUUUCAAAGUCUUGAACAAUGUCUUGCCCGUGAAUAUAUGAUGUCACUUCAAGUCAUUUCUGGAAAAAUCUCCAGUGAUUUCUGUGAGGGAGUUCGGGCACGAUUAGUAGACAAAUGCUUUGCACCAAAGUGGAAUCCACCAUGUUUGGAGUCAGUGUCUGAAGACAUGGUUAAUGCCUACUUUGAGGCAUUGGAUGACUGUGAACCUGGCCUAGAUUUGCCAACCAAGUUGCGAGAAGCCUUUGCAUGUUAAAACACGAGCCAAGUUUGGUAAAAUAUAUUGAAAGUAGCAUAUAUGUCAGAUAAUUUAAUUCAAAUAAUAUAUGCUUA